GAAGGAAAACAAUAAACACUCUUUUUCAAAAUUUCUUUAUUUUUCUAAAAGAAAAUGAAUAAAAAGACAGUUCGCAGCAAUUCAAAUUCAGCUAUUACGAAUCUUUUGACGCAAGGUGCCCAGGAAAGUGACUAUUUGCCCGUAUUUUAUGACCAAGUGGCAAAUAUUAUGCGCGGAUUCGGAGAUGCCGAAGGAAAAUACCAAAUUAAAGAGUCCGUAAUCAUGGUGGAGAAAAUCGUCAAUGCUCAACUAAAGGGAAUCCUGCAAGAAACGAUAGAUCACGCAUUUGAGGCCACAGGAAAAUUACAACCACGCCCAAAGGAUUUUGAAUUUCUGAUGCGGCGAAAUCCCGUCAAAAUACUACGAUUGCGAAAAUACUUGAAAGACCUGCAAUUUUUCAAGAAACGCGUCCGAGAUAUGCUGGGAAGUCGUUAUCAGAAUAUGGAUGAUGAUAAUUUGUUCGAGCAAUCAGACGAGGAAUCGGACCUCGAGUGGUCGGAAAAGUUUGACGAGGAAAAAACACGUCGGAUAUUCCGUGCUGACCGAAUUUCUCAAAUUUUAUCCGCUGGUUCGCAGUAUCAGGAAUACAAUGAGGCUCGACGAACGAGUUUUCUCGGUCGCAAUGCAAACUUACUGAAAACUAGGAUGCGGGAAUGGCUAAAGGUGCCGGCCGAAGUGGUGCUGGUUCCGAAAGUCUUGACCAUUUUGGCGUUUUUGGCACACGAAACAAUCGGAACUAUCGUUGAUUACUGCAUUUUGUCACGAUUAAAUUCGUCAAACAGAAAACAAGUCGAACCCUAUGACAGAGUUACGUCGUCCGGGACCUCCUUUACAAUGUUGCAUUUGUGUCCGGAAGUCACACAAGGACGAGGAGCAGAUGGCGUCAAGCCAAUUACCGUACAAGAAAUCAAGGAAGCUCUAAGGCGACAUUCACUGAUGGCAUCGAGAAAAAUGGGAAUGCAUCGCAGUGUCGCAGUUUUGGAUCAAACCUCACCUUUUCUAGCGUUGUAGGAGACUUUUCUAGAAAUUUAGAGUUAAUAAUUUUAGUUUUUAAGUAAGUUUUUAUUGUGAGCGAAAAAUAAAUGCAAGCCUGGCUUGAAAAAUGUA